AUGCAUAAGCCAAUUCGUAAGGUGCAUCCUGUUUUAAAGGUUGUGAACGGUUCUUUAGUUGAUCUUCCUACUCCUAUUAACUUAUCUGUUUGGUGAAAUUUUGGGUCUCUCUUAGGGUUGUGUCUUGUAGUCCAAAUUGCUACGGGAUUGUUUCUGUCAAUGCAUUAUAGUGCUCAUGUGGAGUUAGCGUUUUCGUCUGUUGUGCAUAUUUCUCGUGAUGUAAAUUAUGGGUGACUUUUGCGGGCGAUUCAUGCUAAUGGGGCGUCUUGGUUUUUUAUCUGUAUUUAUGUUCAUAUUGGUCGUGGGAUGUAUUACGGUUCUCAUUUAAAUGUCCACACUUGAAAUAUUGGUGUAGUGUUGCUUUUAUUAACUAUGGCAACUGCUUUUCUGGGCUAUGUUCUUCCGUGGGGGCAGAUAUCUUUUUGGGGGGCUACUGUAAUUACUAAUCUUUUUUCUGCUAUUCCGUAUAUCGGGAAUGAGCUUGUGCAGUGAAUGUGGGGUGGAUUUGCAGUUGAUAAUGCUACUUUGGUGCGGUUUUUUAGUCUUCAUUUUUUGGUGCCGUUUGUUAUUGCUGGCAUGAGAGUCCUCCAUCUGUUGUUCUUGCAUGAGACCGGGUCUAAUAACCCUUUAGGGCUGAAUAGGGACGGUGAUAAAGUUCCAUUUCAUUUCUAUCAUACGGUUAAAGAUUUAGUUGGGUUUUUGGUCCUGUUACUUUUCUUAAUGUUGUUGGUAUUUUUUGAUCCGUUUCUUCUAGGGGACCCUGAAAAUUUUAUUCCGGCCAACCCACUUGUUACGCCAGUGCAUAUCCAGCCGGAGUGGUAUUUCUUGUUUGCUUAUGCGAUUCUCCGGUCCAUCCCUAAUAAGCUAGGGGGAGUAGUUGCCUUGGCUAUGUCGGUGGUGAUUCUGUUUGUCGUGCCGCUAUUUCACUCCGGGAAGUCCCGGUCAUUCUGUUUUUAUCCGCUAAAUCAAAUUCUAUUUUGGUGUUUUGUAGGUAUUUUGUUUAUUUUAACGUGGAUUGGGGCGUGCCCUGUUGAGCCGCCAUAUGAGGGGAUCGGGCGAGUGUUCACCGUUCUCUACUUCGUGUACUACUUAGUAAGACCAAUGCUUCAAAUAAUGUGAGAUAAUAUUCUUGAAUAUUAG